CCAUCUGGCAUUUCACUUCCAAGGCGCAAAAAUGAUUUACUUGCGUUGGUGCCGUCACAGACCAAUGACCCACACCAUGGGUAGAGUUUUGCAAAGAGUUGUGGUUGAGUGUAACAAAUCCAUUGUUGUCUCACCUCACCCGAGUGUCUCCCUCCCUCCCUCCCUCCCACCCACCAUCGCCAUCUCUCAUCAACACCGACACAGCACAAGCAUCUGUCUGCUCGAGGAGCGCACAGCAGGUCAAAAUCUGGCCGAGCCCCCACUACUGGCCCACACGCAAUCAUAUGUCCAUUCGGCUCCUUCCUCGCCGCGGGCACAAAAACUUACCCAAGGCGAGAAAGAAAGAAACGCACGUCGCAACCGUCACAAUAUCAUCGAGUCUCUACGUGUGUACGUCAGUGGCGCAAGUCACUCACACUUCUGUCUGUGUCACACCUCUUGCAUGACACGAAUACAGACCGUGCGAAGGCUGGAUAAACGCAAUAAGUCAUCUAUUGUCUCACUUCCUUCCCUCCAUGACAUGACAACCACGAGCGGCACUCACUGUCUGCCCCUAAUGUGCAUAAAAAGCAGCACACCAACAGAAAAUCACCUCACCUUGAAGAAAACAACAUAUACAGGAUACACCUGCUUCCUGCAUGGAGACACAAUACGCGAAUGGCAAGACCGCUCCUGUCUUCGAACUUGGUGUACUGUACGCACCUGUCAAAGACGAUGAACUCCUGGUGUUUCUGUUGCGCUGUCGAGCCAACAGCCACCACCGACUAAAAUUCAAUGUGGCUGCCGGGCUUGGUCGGCGGCUUGUGCCCAUUGCAACUCCCAGUAACAUAAUGAGGGUCACCGAUAAGCCCGCGGCACAGAAGGAUGCAUUUGCUGUCCCUUCCGUAAUGGGCUGCCUUGCAGGAUGCACCUCAGUCACGAUGUGGUAGCCACCUGGAUGGACGAUCGAUCUGUAGAUGGGAUAGUCGCCUUCCUCACAGGGAAGAAGAGCUGCUGCUCACGAUCCUCCUCAGCUUCCUGGCCGUGGAGGGGCCUGGUGAUGCGAUGCUAGAACUCCAUGCCGUUGUGGUAACGCUUGUGUUCGAGCUCUGUCGGACUGCCCAUGCGCUGGUUGGCGUGCUGUUCGGGCUGCCCACACCGGCACCCCGCUGAGCUGGCGGACGACAUGUUCACACAGCCACACACAUGGCGUGUCCUUGGUGCGCGUGUACUCUUUGCUUCACGCACCUGCAAACGAGACCUGAAUGCGAUCCCUGCCCGACAAGCCCCUCCGGUCGAACUGGUUGAAGUCGAGUUCAAGCUCGUAGCCCUCUGCGCUCCUCCCUUGCACCGCUGAAAUCACAUCGCUGAACCCGCUGUCCAGGUGCUCGGCCACGGCGCGUCGAAGAUCGGCUUCCGUGCGCACGCCGGCGAGUUGCUGCGGGUCCAAGGCGAAAGGGAACUGCGUUGCCCGCGUAGGGCCGGCGAGGAAGAAGAAGUGGAUCUGAUGGCGUGGAGUGCUCCAAAAGAACGAAAACAUCCC